GUUCUUUGAUGCCUGAUUCAUUCAUUCUACAAAUACUGAGCGCCAACUCUACCGGUCUGGCUCUUGGCGCCAAGUAUACUGUCAAGACCAAAAUAGGCGUGGCCUUUUCUCUCUCGAAGCCUACAGACUGUAGGGAAAUAAUACAAUAAACAAGAUAUUAAAGCAGUUACUAACAAGCUGCGAGCAUAGUAUACACCAGGGAGUACUUAUUUGGGAUGGUCAAGGAAAUUUUCCCUGAGAGGUGAAGUUUAAAGCCAAGACUUAAGGAAUGAAGACCAGUAAUUCGAAGGUGAAGGCAGAGCUUUUCAAACAGAGGAAACCGUCUAUGGGAAGGACCUCAUGAUUGUGCACCUGUGCCUGCGCAAGGCUGACCAGAAGCUGGUGAUCAUCAAGCAGAUCCCAGUGGAGCAGAUGACCAAGGAAGAGCGGCAGGCAGCCCAAAAUGAGUGCCAGGUCCUCAAGCUACUCAAUCACCCCAACGUCAUUGAGUACUAUGAGAACUUCCUGGAGGACAAGGCCCUCAUGAUUGCCAUGGAAUACGCACCAGGUGGCACCCUGGCUGAGUUCAUCCAAAAACGCUGUAACUCCCUGCUGGAGGAGGAGACCAUCCUGCACUUCUUUGUGCAGAUCCUGCUCGCGCUCCAUCACGUGCACACCCAUCUCAUCCUGCACCGGGACCUUAAGACUCAAAACAUCCUUCUUGACAAACACCGCAUGGUUGUCAAGAUCGGGGACUUCGGCAUCUCCAAGAUCCUUAGCAGCAAGAGCAAGGCCUACACGGUGGUGGGCACUCCGUGCUACAUCUCCCCUGAACUGUGUGAGGGCAAGCCUUACAACCAGAAGAGUGACAUCUGGGCCCUGGGCUGUGUCCUCUAUGAACUGGCCAGUCUCAAGAGGGCUUUCGAAGCUGCGAACCUGCCAGCGCUGGUGCUGAAGAUCAUGAGUGGCACCUUUGCACCCAUCUCUGACCGGUACAGCCCUGAGCUGCGCCAGCUCGUCCUCAGUCUGCUCAGCCUGGAGCCCGCACAGCGGCCACCGCUCAGCCACAUCAUGGCACAGCCACUCUGCAUCCGCGCCCUCCUCAACCUCCACACCGACCUGGGGAGCAUCCGCAUGAGGAGGGCAGAGAAGUCCCUGGUCCCAGGGCCACCCAUGGCCCCCGGCAGCACAGGGAGCAGGACCACAGGCGCCCGCUGCAGGGGUAUACCCCGGGGACCCGCACGGCCGGCCAUUCCGCCACCGCUGUCGGCGGUCUACGCGUGGGGGGGUGGGCUCAGCGCCCCGCUGCGGCUGCCGAUGCUCAACACAGAGGUGGUCCAGGUGGCAGCUGGGCGCACGCAGAAGGCGGGCGUCACGCGCUCGGGGCGCCUUAUCCUCUGGGAGGCCCCGCCCCUAGGCGCCGGAGGGGGCGCGCUCCUGCCCGGGGCCGUGGAGCAGCCGCAGCCCCAGUUCGUCUCCCGUUUCCUGGAGGGCCAGUCGGGCGUGACUAUCAAACAUGUGGCCUGCGGGGACCUCUUCACGGCCUGCCUGACCGCUUUUUCUUGCUCCUCCAACCCAUGGACUGGCUUAUCUGGAAAAACAGCCCAACCUCUCUCUCCUUUCUCGUUCCUCACCACCCCCCACUCUCCAGACCGAGGUAUCAUCAUGACCUUUGGCAGUGGCAGUAACGGGUGCCUAGGCCAUGGCAGCCUCAAUGACAUCAGCCAGCCCACCAUUGUGGAGGCGCUGCUGGGCUAUGAGAUGGUGCAGGUGGCCUGUGGGGCCUCUCACGUGCUGGCCCUGUCCACAGAGCGAGAACUAUUUGCGUGGGGCCGCGGAGAUGGUGGCCGGCUAGGACUGGGCACCAGGGAGUCCCACAGCUGUCCCCAGCAGGUAUCCAUACCCCCAGGACAGGAAGCCCAGCGGGUUGUAUGUGGCAUUGACUCCUCCAUGAUCCUCACCCUGCCUGGCCAAGCCCUGGCUUGUGGGAGUAACAGGUUCAACAAACUGGGCCUGGACCACUGCUCCCUGGGGGAGGAGCCUGCCCCCGACCAGCAGGUAGAGGAGGCCCUGAGCUUCACACCACUAGGUUCCGCACCCCUGGACCAGGAGCCCCUGCUGAGUGUGGACCUGGGCACUGCUCAUUCAGCUGCCGUCACUGCCUCUGGUGACUGCUACACUUUUGGCAGCAAUCAGCAUGGGCAGUUGGGCACCAAUGCCCGCCGGGUCAGCCGGGCACCUUGUCAAGUCCGAGGCCUGCAGAACAUCAAGACAGCGAUGGUGGCCUGUGGGGAUGCCUUCACUGUAGCCAUUGGGGCAGAAGGCGAAGUGUACUCUUGGGGCAAAGGGGCCCGAGGUCGACUGGGAAGAAGGGAUGAGGAUGCUGGACUCCCUCGGCCAGUGCAGCUGGAUGAGACGCACCCUUACACAGUGACUUCUGUGUCCUGUUGCCAUGGAAACACUCUGCUGGCCGUUCGCCCGGUUACGGAUGAGCCAAUCCCACCCUGAGGCACCUAGAUACACCUCUGGACCUGGACCACCCUGCUGUUGCUUCUCCUCUGAACGUUCUUGAAAUGUGCGGAUGCCUGCAGCAAGACUGUCCCCACCAGCCCCUGGCUGGUCAUUAAGCCGGUAGAAGAACUAGUGAAGCGCCCACUCUCCUUUGGCCCUGGAUAUGAAAACCUCAACCCACCCUGUUCCCCCAACAACUCUCUUUUCUCUCCCCACCCCUCUUCUCUUAAGUUGGUGUCUCCAGGGACCAGGCUGGCUAGACCUGGAAACCAGACCUAAGUUUGGGAAGCAGGGUGGUCUCCCGACUCUUGGCAGAAAAAAGCUGGAGGUGGCUGUGGCUCCAUCCAGAUCAUGCCCUUUCCCCCAGCCCAGUUAGAAAAGAAAUCGCUGGUGCCCCCUGCGAGAGCAGCUCUACUUUGGAGCAGGGCAAGCCCAGUCCUGCCUGGACUGGCCAUUCUGGCAGCCUAGCUUCUGCAUUGCCUGGGGCAGGGAGUCUUGCCACCUUACCCCCCACUCGGUAACCUGAGGCACGGAUUAGCACAACUUCUGAGCUCUUUUGUCCCCUGUGGACUGGAAAUGCAUCUGCCAAGGGUACCAAAGUGUCUACUGCGGAGCUAAUCCCUGCUGAAGGUUGCCUCUCACCCCACACCCCAGCCUUUCCCCCAAAGCAGGUUGGGAGAAAGGGUUGCUGGCUGGGCCAGACCAGUUUUCCAGAUGACUGGGAAAUAGCGCCAAUAAAAACAUCAGCUGCC